CAGGAAGCUAACUGGACUAACGUCAUAUUAGCACCAUGGCUCCCCAGGGCAUCACAUUCCUGUGUCUUGCAGUCUUCCUGGGACACUCCAUUUGGGCACAAGGAGAAUUUCCCACUCCUACAAUAUCCACUGCCACAAGUCCUGCCGUUCCCUGGAAUGGGUCUGUGAGGAUCAUCUGCCAGGGAACACCUGAAGCCUUCCUGUAUCAACUGUCCCUGAUGAAAAACUCCACACCCACAGUUAUAGAGAAGAAACUGGGAUUUCAGAAAGAGGCUGAAUUCAUCAUCAACCACAUGAAUACAACCACGGCAGGAUGUUAUCAGUGUCAGUACAGGAAGAAGUACCACUGGUCAGAGCAGAGCAAACCCCUGGAGCUGGUGGUGACAGGCUUAUACAACAAACCUGUCCUCUCCACAGAUCAAAGCCGCGUGCUGAAACCAGGAGGAAACAUUUCCUUCCAGUGUAGUUCAGCAUACAACCUGUUCAACAGAUUUUCACUGGCCAAGGAUGGAGACGCUUCGUUGCCAUGGUGCCAACAUGAAGGACAUCAAGGCAGCUUCAGCCUUGGUCCUGUGACCCCUGACUUUGCUGGGAGCUACAGGUGCUAUGGGUGGCACAGCAGCAGACCCUAUGUGUGGUCAGCCCCCAGCGAUGCCCUGGAGCUCGUCGUCACAGACUCCAAGAAGCAAGAUUAUGUGACAGAGAAUUCAAUCCGGAUGGGUAUAGCAGGGUUGGUCCUUGUGGUCCUCUUGGUGAUACUAGCUGAAGAUUGGAACAGCCACAGAGCACCACAAAAGGAAGACUGUCAGGCAUUGGCUGCACCGAGUUUGAGCAAAUACAUACUGUCAGCAGUUGACUCCCAUGGCGAUUGGUGUUGGGGUUCACCCACCACAUCCUGUGUAUUGCCUUCAUCCACUGGACUCAGUCCACACACACGGUGCAGCCUUGAUUUUGCCAGUGGCAUGCUGUCGACACUCCCUGCCCUACUCUUCCUGGGACUAUGUCUAAGCCAGAGGAUCAAUGCAGGAAAACAGACUCUCCCGAAACCCAUCAUCUGGACCAAACCUAAUAACAGGGUCACAAAAGGAAACCCUGUGAACAUCUGGUGCCAGGGACCUCAGAGUGCUUCUGCGUAUCAACUGUACUUUGAAGGAAGCCUGUUUGCCAUGAAGAGACCAGAGUCACAUACAUCAAUGAGUAAAGUCAUGUUCUUCAUUCCACAAAUGACCCCAAACACUGCAGGGAGAUACUUCUGCUUCUAUCAGAGUGGGGAUCUUCAAUCCGAACGCAGUGAUCUCCUGGUCCUGGUAGUUACUGGUAUGUAUGACACACCCAAACUCUGGAUUCAUCCAGGGCCUGAAGUAACCUCGGGGGAGAAUGUGACCUUCUUCUGCCACCUGGAUGCUGGGACAAGCAAAUUCUUUCUUCUCAAGGAGGAAGAACCCAACCGUGUCCAGCAAAGACAUGGGAACAAGAAAGCAGACUUCCCCAUGGGCCCUGUGACCAGAGACCACGGAGGGACAUACAGAUGUUUUGGCUCUUACAACGACCAUGUAUGGUCUUUCCCCAGUGAGCCUGUGACACUACUUAUCCCAGGAGGUGAGGGGAACACCAGCCUUGAGCCCACAGACCCUACUUCUUUUGUUUAUUUGGAGUACAACCUUUCAACAAAAGAGUCAGGAUUGCAGAAGGACUCUGCCUUCUGGGAUCAUACAACCCAAAAUUUCAUUCGGAUUGGUCUGGUAUGCAUAGUCCUGAUGGCUGUCAUAUGGCUUUUGGCUGAAGACUGGUUCAGCAGGAAGAAGGAUAAAGAGAGGACCAACAGAUCAGCAAGUUGGGAAUGCAGAAGAAGACGGAGAUCGCAAUGUUCUCUCGAAGAGGAACAACGGGAUGCAAUUUCUAUGGGGGAACUGAAGGCAGCUCCUGGACCUGGGGCCAUAUGAGUCUAUGCUGUCCCCUUGGUGAAGGAAGUGGUCAUUGCAGGAAUGAAGGGAUGGCAUCACCAAGUUUGGCAAAGCACCCUAAAGGGCAUGGUGAGAUGGAGCCUACAGUUUUUACUGCAGACAAAUUCUCGCUGUCUCUGUUAAGCUUUAAGUACUUUAAUGUUCUUUUACUGAGAGCUAUACUCUUAAACACGCUGGUCUUUCCUAGAAAUGACUACCUUCCAACGUGUUGGCCAUGGGAAUAUCUCCCUACUACUUUGGUCUUUAUGAGUUUUCCUAAUUUUAUUUAUUUAUUUUAUAUGUAUGGGUGUUUGGGGGCACCAUGUGUGUAAUUAGUGUCAGAUCCUCAGGGACUCGAGUUACAGAUGGCUAUGAGCUGAAGGGAGGGUGCCAGGAAUUGAACCCAAGUCUUCUGGAAGAGCAACAAGUGCUCUGAACCUCCAAGCUGUUGCAAUAUACUUGUCUACAAUGAGUAAA